GACAAGGCAACGCAAUUAUGGUUUUCAAUAUUUGAUUGGAUACAAUUUUCUCUAAUCUGUAUUUUGAUCGUAUUGGCCAUUCGUGUAAGAGCUUAGACAGGUCAUAGGUUUGCUGAGGAGUACAAGGAUUAUAUCUGUCUACAUUCUUAUUUUAGGGUUUAGAGAAUAUAUAGAUGUUUGUUUGAGGAAGAAGAAACCCCAAUAAAGCCUUUUCACCCAUUUUUAGAAUUUACCCGACUGGUUUUUUUUCCUUGCCUUCUAAUUGUAUCUUUUUCCCUUCAUGCUUUUCUUAAAUCCAUUAUUCUUCUCAAUCUAAAUGUUUUUUUCUCUCUCUCUUCUCUUCUCAAGCAAGGGAUACCAAUUCCGGUAGGAAUGUAUUGAAGAAAGAGAGGGUUGGAAAAUGGCGAGUGGCGGAAAGGGGGAGAAGAUAUUGGUUUCGGUAAGGGUAAGGCCGCAGAACGAGAAGGAGAAGGCGAGGAAUGAUAUAUGCGAUUGGGAAUGUGUUAACAACACAACAAUAAUCUGCAAUAAUAAUUUGCCUGAGAGGUCUCUCUUCCCCUCGACCUAUACAUUUGAUAAAGUGUUUGGAUUCGAUUCCCCCACGAAACAAGUCUAUGAAGAUGGAGCUAAGGAGGUUGCUCUUUGUGUUCUCGGCGGAAUCAAUUCAAGCAUUUUCGCAUAUGGACAAACAAGCAGUGGGAAGACAUACACAAUGUGUGGCAUCACUAAAUUUGCAAUGGACGACAUUUUUUGUUACAUUCAAAAGCAUACAGAUCGCAAAUUCACUCUGAAAUUCUCUGCAAUUGAGAUUUACAAUGAAGCUGUGAGGGAUCUCCUAAGUGGGGAUAAUAAUCAACUGAGGCUUCUCGAUGAUCCAGAGAGAGGGACCGUCGUUGAGAAACUUAUUGAGGAGACCAUCCGAGACAGAUCACAUCUGGAGGAACUUCUUACAGUCUGUGAAACUCAGAGGAAGAUUGGAGAGACCUCCCUGAAUGAAGUUAGCUCUAGAUCACAUCAAAUACUCCGGCUGACAAUUGAAAGCACUGGUCGAGAAUAUUCUCCUGAUAGCUCAAGCACUCUUUCAGCGUCCGUGUGCUUCAUUGAUCUGGCUGGAAGUGAACGAGCUUCUCAGACUUUAUCUGCUGGUACAAGAUUGAAAGAAGGUUGUCAUAUAAACAGGAGUUUACUUACUCUUGGAACAGUCAUCCGCAAACUAAGUAAAGGUAAAAACGGGCACAUACCGUAUCGAGACUCAAAGCUAACUCGGAUCCUUCAGAACUCUUUGGGAGGAAAUGCGAGAACAGCUAUCAUAUGCACAAUGAGCCCUGCACGUAGUCAUGUUGAACAGUCGAGAAACACCCUUCUCUUUGCAAUCUGCGCUAAAGAGGUUACGACAAAUGCUCAGGUCAAUCUGGUUGUGUCUGAGAAGGCUUUGGUGAGGCAAUUGCAAAGAGAACUGGCUCGAAUGGAGAAUGAGUUGAAGAAUCUAGGAUCUGCUUCUGGAGACUCUGACUUCUAUUCUUUGCUGAAACAGAAAGAGGAAGUGAUUGCAAAAAUGGAGGAACAAAUGAAAGAAUUAAAAUGGCAACGUGAUGUAGCUCAAUCCCAGGUGGAGAAUUUACUUAAAUCAACAGCAGAAGAGCGGUCUUCUAGGAUGGACGAACAAUCCAUGUUUAGCUCCAUGGAUUUUGAUGCCGAUUUCCGAAGAAGAAGCUAUGAUUCAACAGAUCUUGGAGAACCUAGUAUCAUCAAUAAUUUAACCGAGAGGAACUUUGAGUUUUUGGAAAAUUCUGAAGAAGAUGAUUUCCUGCUAGAUGAUAAAACCCCCCAAUUUUCGAGGCAUAACCUGUAUGAUGGCUGGGAGGAGUUGGUUCAAAUAACCGACGAAAGACUUGAAGAUGCAUGCAAAGAAGUUAGAUGCAUUGAACCUGAAGCUGAGCAGAGUAUUAGACAACCAGCAACAGUUGAAAUCCAUGACUUAUUAGAAUUCAUUGUUGAUAAGAGAGCUAUCUCUGAGGUUCUCUCACCUAGAAAGGAAGAAAGUUUAUUAGCUCUAGAAUACGAACAAAGCUAUAACUCUUCUACAGGUAAUGACAAAACCGAGAAUGAAGACAUGGAGAUUAGCACACCUGGAAUCGAAGAAACUCUAUCAGCUCUGGAAUACGAAAUAAGCUAUAACUCUUCUACAGGUGAUGAGAAAGCCGAGAAUGAAGUCAUGGAGAUUAUUAGCACACGUAGAAAGGAAGAACCCUUAUCAGCUCUGGAAUACGAACAGAGCUUUAACUCUUCUAUAGGUAAUGAGAAAGCCGAGAAUGAAGACAUAGAGAUUAGCACACCUACAGAAACGGAAAAUGUUAACUUAUCUUUGAAAACAAUAGAUGUAGAGUUGUGUGGGAAUGCUAAGCCUGAGACAUAUGAGCUAACUUUUAAGAAUUCGGAUUUGGAGAUGGACCCAUCAGUUGAAGCUGAAGAAUCACAGGAAUCUGUGAAAGAAGACGAAGAAAUGAAGAAUGAAGAAAGGAAAAUGAGUCCUUCCACAAAGCAAGCUGAGCAAUGCUUAAAUAAAGAAGAAAAUGCUCAGUCAGAACAGCAAUCAACGGAAGACUGUGAAUUGAAUUCACUCCCUAUUAAUAACCAAUCAGAAGCCACAGUCGAAGUGGAGUUAACACCCAAUGAUACUAAGUUAGAUGAGGAUGCGACAUCUGGAGAUAAGUGGGAGAGAAAACAGCAACAAGAGGCUGAUAAAGAUUGUAACGAAUCAUCUGUCUGCAAAAAUAUUGGGACAGAUGAUAAUGACAACGACACUUACAUGGCUUUGAAAGAAAAAGUUAAGGAGAUGCAGAAGAAAAUUGAAUACCUUAUGAGCAUGCACACAGCAGAACAACAACAGUCACCCUCCUUCAGAAGAGAAUAUAUGAGCCCAGAAUGUUUUACUACCAAAAGAAGCCGAAGUUGCAGAGAGAAUCUCUUGAGUGUUAGAUCUCCUCAUUGGUUUGAGAAUUUGGAAGGCAAUAACAAUACAUCACCUGCCUGGAGGGUUAUGCAGACAAAAGCUUCACCUGGAAGACCCAACACUUCAAGCAUUUCCUUUGAUUCGGGGAGUUCUACCUCUAUCGAUACACGUAGCCUGAAAGACUAUGAUCCUGAGAUGGGUAAUAGCUUCCGUGAAUUUGUAGCAGGGCUUGAAGAAAUGGCAAAGAAGCAUCACUCAAUUGACUCGACACCGGAGCUAGAUUAUGGGAUUCCAUAUGCCCCCACAAGAACCGAAAGAUUGGAGAUCAGACCGGACAGCCCUGCAAAUAGCAUUAGAGGAAACGAGAAUGCAUUGCCAAAUCCUCAGGAAACCACAGAUGCCACCAAUAAUCAAUCAGAGAGAGAGCAGGCCGAUGAUUCGGUAGAAGAAUCAAAACCUAAGGAAACAGAUUCCACAGAGGCUUCCCAGGAGAAACUACAGGUAGCUGCUAAUGGACAAUAUUCAAGCAUUUCUUCAGACUUUGAGAGGCAGCAAAGGCAAAUAAUAGAGCUUUGGGCGGUUUGCAAUGUACCACUGGUUCAUAGAACCUACUUCUUCUUGCUCUUCAAAGGUGAUCCUUCCGACUAUGUUUAUAUGGAAGUCGAACUUAGAAGGCUAUCUUUUCUGAAGCAGACGAUAUCUAAUGACAUGGAAGCAUCAAGGAUACAAACAGUGAAGGCACUCACACGCGAGAAGGAAUGGCUUUCCAAACAAUUACCAAAGAAGUUUCCAUGGAGCCAAAGAAUAGAGCUUUACCAAAAAUGGGGAGUGGAGGUGAACUCAAAGCAGAGAAGCCUGCAGGUGGCGCACAAGCUGUGGACCAACACCCAAGAUAUGGAACACAUAAAAGAAAGUGCUUCUCUUGUGGCUAAGCUGCUUGGAUUUGUUGAGCCAAGUCGGAUGCCAAAGGAAAUGUUUGGCCUCAGCUUGUUACCUAGAACCGAGAACGUAAAAUCAUCUGGCUGGAGAUUUACCAAAUCAUUCUCUGGUAUACGCUUGACCAGAUGAUAACCAGAGCACAAUUAUAAAACAGAAGUCUCCAACUGAUCGUUUAAGUUGUGAAAGGCUUGAAUGUAAGAAAAGUCAAAUUCUGCUUGUACCUGAUUGCGAAAGAAUCCCAAAUUGUAGCCCUUAUGUUAUAGUUUAGAUCAAGGAUGAGGGUGUGCCAAGAACGUUAAUUUUAUUUGUGUUCGUUUAUAAACACUAAUUUAGAGAGA